AUGAAGCUCUCCUUCACCAUUGUCGCCACCGCUGCGCUUGUUGCCUCGUGCACCUUUGCCGCUCCCACCCCUGCCUCUUCCAAGCUCGCCACUCGCUACGAUGGCGACAUCAUUGACGAGACCAAUGCUGCCCUCAAGGACCUUGGCCUGAAGAAGCGCUACGAUGGCGACAUCAUUGACGAGACGAAUGCUGCCCUCAAGGACCUUGGCCUGAAGAAGCGCUACGAUGGCGACAUCAUUGACGAGACCAAUGCUGCCCUCAAGGACCUUGGCCUGAAGAAGCGCUACGAUGGCGACAUCAUUGACAAGACCAAUGCUGCCCUCAAGGACCUUGGCCUGAAGAAGCGCUACGAUGGCGACAUCAUUGACGAGACCAAUGCUGCCCUCAAGGACCUUGGCCUGAAGAAGCGCUACGAUGGCGACAUCAUUGACGAGACGAAUGCUGCCCUCAAGGACCUUGGCCUGAAGAAGCGCUACGAUGGCGACAUCAUUGACGAGACGAAUGCUGCCCUCAAGGACCUUGGCCUGAAGAAGCGCUACGAUGGCGACAUCAUUGACGAGACGAAUGCUGCCCUCAAGGACCUUGGCCUGAAGAAGCGCUACGAGGGUGAUGUACUUGAUGAGAUCAAUGGCUGCCUGACCAGCCUCGGAUUUCGCAAGCGAUAUGAGGGGGAUGUGCUUGACGAGCUCGCCGCCGCUGAGAAGGAAUUCGGCGUGCGCAAGCGCUACGAAGGUGACGUUCUCGACGCUGUCAACGGCUGCCUCAAGUCACUCGGCCUUUAA